AACAGUUUUCAGUUUUGAGCUCAAGAGUCAAACUUCAAGCUGUGGAUGGAAGAAAUAUGCAACACAAAUCAGGAGCAAAUAAAUUAUCAAUCCAGUUUUCAUGACAUGAUUAUAAAUCAAUAAAUACAACUUGUCAAUUUUUGCCUCUGGGACUCAAAGCCAUUUAUUUCCUGCUGUCUCUCUCUCUUUUUUUUCAACCAACACACACACACACACACACCAUUUGUAGCCCUCCCACUGACAAAUGCUGCUCCAAGUCAGCCGGUGGAAUAAAGUCUCACUUCUCGCCCGCUCUGCUCCCAACGAUGCGUUCUUCUCUCUACCUCCUGGCUUUCCUCUACCUGCGCUCCAGGGCAUCAGCUGAGUGGUGUUACCAGAGCCAGACCUGUGAUGACACAUGCAAAGAACCAAGCCGCUGGGCAGCUCUGUUUCCCAGAUGUGGAGGUUUAAGCCAGUCGCCAAUUAACAUCGUGACCAAUAAAGUUCAUUUCAGCAGCGCCCUUCUUCCCUUCAGCUUUAUCGGACACACCGACUUAAUCAACAUCACAGUAGAGAACAAGGGCCACUCUGCUCACUUUGCUUUACCACAGUCAGUGCGGCUGACCGGAGGAGCUCUGCCGGGUCACUACAGAGCGGCCCAGUUUCACUUCCACUGGGGAGGGAGUGGGACGAAGGGAUCAGAGCACACCAUUGAUGGAGAAAGAUUUCCAAUGGAGUUGCACAUAGUCCAUAUUAAAGAGCCUUACAGCUCUCUGGAGGAAGCAGAACACGAUAUGGCGGGUAUCGCUCUGCUCGCCCUCUUCUUUGAGGAAACAGCAGAUGAUCAUCCUCAUCUAGAUACAAUAAUUGCUGCUCUGGGUCAAGUACAAAACAAUGGCAGCAACACAGUGAUUCCAAACUUUAGACUGAGUAAUAUCAUCCCAGCAGCCGCCGAGCUUCACAGUUACUACCGCUAUGUGGGCUCCAUGACAACUCCAGGAUGUGAGCAGGCGGUUGCAUGGACAGUGUUUCAUAGGAUGCUGUCAAUCAGCAGUCGACAGCUGGAUGCUAUAGUGAAACAGUGCAGAUUUUGGACAGGACAGCCCAUGACAAACAUCUUCAGACCCACGCAGCCUCUGGAUGGCAGAGUCGUUUACAGCUCCAAGUCAGGCGCAGCUCAGAAGAGGGCGAACCAAAUGUGGUUUGUCGACCUCUCAGCUCUGUUCAUGCCAAUGAUCCUGAUACAUAUUAUUUAGAACAUAUAAUCAUAUAAUAGAAAAAUCAAUUUGUUUCAAAUUACACAGCCUCCAAUAGAUUUUAUGUCAUGAUUCCUAUGACAAGUUUUCCUGUUACUCUUGAAGAAAACAAUUCAUACAGCAUGAUUGUGCCACCAUCUUCCAGCAAAGAUAUGGUGUAUGUUUGGUGUUUUUAUUUUUAAUUAAAAGAAUCGCCAUUUUAUUUCUAUUUUUAGAUUUUAAAAUAAAGACGAA